AACUACAUUUACGUGAGGUCUUUGCCACCGCGACGUAGAGCUGCCGCAAAGGAUGGUGGGUCUUUUUUGCCGUCUUUCGGCUCCCGGGGCGGCAGCGCGAUGGGCAAGUGCCGUGGACUUCGUACAGCCAGGAAGCUUCGCAGUCACCGCCGAGAACAGAAGUGGCAUGACAAGCAAUAUAAGAAGGCCCAUCUGGGUACUGCUCUGAAAGCCAACCCAUUUGGGGGAGCUUCUCAUGCUAAAGGAAUUGUCCUGGAAAAAGUUGGUGUAGAGGCUAAACAGCCGAAUUCUGCCAUCAGGAAGUGUGUUCGAGUUCAACUUAUCAAGAAUGGCAAGAAGAUUACAGCUUUUGUUCCCAAUGAUGGCUGUUUGAAUUUUAUUGAGGAGAAUGAUGAAGUCCUGGUUGCUGGCUUUGGUCGGAAGGGUCAUGCUGUUGGUGACAUUCCUGGAGUUCGCUUCAAAGUUGUUAAAGUAGCCAAUGUUUCUCUACUAGCCUUGUACAAAGGCAAGAAAGAGAGACCCAGAUCAUAAUUCUUGUGAUGCUGUGAAUGGCUCUAAUAAACAUUUUUACUUUAAUAAGG